UCAAAUUUUAAAAUUAAACGUUCAGAAUUCAUGUCAAACACGAAAAGGGAAUAAACUAUACUCUCAACAGAGCUGAACUACUCUCAUGAUGAGCUUUCAAUUGUAUCCUGCUUGAAAGGUAUCUAAUUCCAGUCGUUUUUCGCGGCUAGUCGUGGUAGCACCAAGUCAAUUUUUUCUUGAAGGAUUCCAUUGAAAUACAGGAUAAAAUUUAAACAUCAAUUCAUAUUACUGUGAGCUUCGAUUAUUUCAUAUUACUGUGUGUUUCAUCUAUCCGUUCAGAUUUAUAAUGUUUCCCAACUGCUUUAAAAAGAACAGGACUCUGAAGUUCUUCUUGAAAAAUAGUUCGUUGCAUGGAAUGAAAUACGUUGGUGAUGAACAGAAGCAUUGGUUUGAAAGACUUGCAUGGUGUAUCUUGAUAGGAGCAUUUGCAGCGUUUUCGAUCAAUACCUUAAAAGACAAAUGGAAUACAUGGGAAGAGACUCCAAUGAUAAUAACGACAGUUAGUAAGCCUUUCCCCAUAUCAUCGCUGCCUGUCCCAGCAAUAACCUACUGUCAAGACUUUCUCAUUUCAACUGAUACACGAAAUGGUAUGAAUAUGACGAAAGAAGAUAAAACCAUUCUUUGUGGUGUAAUGACAAUUGUUCUAGGAUACGGGUUUCAAUCAAAUUUGGACUGUGAUAAUAUUCUCAAUAAUUGGCGUGAAAAUCAAACUCAUGAUGGAAUCGAUGACGAAAGUUUUUACAGAAUGUUUGACAAGCUGGUGAUCACGGACCAGGAAUAUAUAAGCAGUGAUAAAACCCCUUUCAUGCUGGGUAUGCGGUUUGACGAACCUCUCAUUUGUUAUGACAUGUUAACUCAUAAAGGAUUAUGCACCACCUGUAGCUCCUUGCCUCUAUCACAAAUUUACAGGAACGAUACAUUCCUUCAUUCCUUCCAUAAUAAUCCAGAUGAUUACGAAGUGAUAGCGGAUUUCAGUGGAUUUCCAAUUCUUAAUUCAUCCAAAUUUGAUGUUCCCUAUCCAUCAUUUGUAAGGAGACCAAUGAAUGGACUUUUUGUAAAUGAUUGGAACAUCACAAACUUGAAACGAGAUAAUAAUAUCGAGAUUAAUCCUCGAUCACGAUGGUACACGAUUCACAGCCCCUGGGACGUGCCCAACCCAUUCAUGAGGUGGCAUUACAGCAACGACUUUCGCAAUCAUGAGCUGCAGGUGUUCAUAGAACCAGACCAGACACUCAUUGAUGACAAUCUGAUGUUACCUGCUGAAAGUAGUAAGUGUUAUUCGCCCCAAGAAUGGAAACUGAAAUAUUUCAAAUAUUACACUUAUCAAAACUGCAAAAUGGAAUGUUUAACCGAUACGGUUUUGUAUGACUGUGGAUGCGUUCUGUACUACAUGCCUCAUAAUGAGUCGACUCCUAUAUGUUUCGGAGAUCUUAAGUGUGCCGAUGACAUAUUAGACCAAGUAAAUGUGCAAAGGUCUCUGACGUGUGCCUGUUUCGCUGCGUGCAACGAAACUGGUUACAAAUUCGUUUCUCAUGACUCAAUUCCUGACAGAGAUAGUAGCAGAUUGAUUGCUGUUUUUAUUGAUGACAUAUAUUACCCUCAAAUACGUGUAGAAUCUGACACCCUUGAAGGUUUUGUAGAGACUUCUGUGACCUACCUGGACAUGUUCCUUGGCCUCAGCCUGAUUAGCAUUGUUGAAAUUCUGUACUAUUCGAUUUUGAUGCUUCUAGAAUUCUUGAUUGUUGAGAACGUUGGCGAAGCAGAUUGAUUAUUCACAUCUGAAUUUAGGAAAAAAUAGUUUCUUAGUAUUAUCUUAUUGAUUUUUAUUGUCUCUGAUAGUUAUAAUACAUAUUAAAUAAAAACCCAUUCCAAUGAAUUUAGCACCAUAACUAUUGUGUAAUUUACUAUCUAAAAUACAUUUCCAAUUCCCAUAUUCCGUUGAACAAUGUAAAUAAAAAUGAUCCACGAAUUUAUGAAGUAUUGACUAGCGUAUUUAUCGAAAUUAAUUACAUCAUUUUGAUGGUAAUAGUAGUAAUAAAGCUGAAUAAAACUUGUAAACUUGAUAUACCUGUGAUUAUAAACUUCAGGAAUUAUGGGGUAUUUCCCAAGAAUUUCAAUUUCAGUGAAACUUGCACAAAAUAUGCUACCCUACCGUGGGUGAAUGACCUCUCCAACAUUCAGUUUCAGGGUGGUCAUUAAUUUCGAAGCCUUCUCCUCAAUUUUGAGUACCUAUAAUAUUUCUUAGUAGACCUAUUUAGCUUUUCCAGGUAUUAUAGACCAGAGGAAUAGUAGACCAGAGGAUCAGAGAGGACAGGCCCAUUGUUAGAACGCAUUCAUGAA